AAAAGGACCUAAGAAGCAGGGACUAUAGGGGAACGAAAGGAGGUGUAAAUAGAAAGCGAAUGCUCUUGGUCUCCCUCUCUCUCGCCCUCUCUCCUCUCUUUUAUUAAAUCAAUGCAUGAAUUAUUAACUAGGACAUAAAUACAAGGAAUCACUCCUCCGCCGGGACCAGCAGACCAGCUCUAAUAUUUUGAUAUUCGUUUUAGCCCAAUUAUACAUAUGUAUACUUAUUGAUGUACAUAUUUGCAUUGGUAGGACUAGUAUCAGGACCAGCACGGUUUUUUAAUAGAUUUUCUUGAACAAUCGGCUACUUCGGAAGCUUCUACACAACGGCCACCAAGGUUGCGCUGCUGUCGCCGCGGCUGUUACCAUAACUCAUUGCCGUUCCGAAGAUGGCAACUUUAACAAACGGACAGGUGGACGGCACAAACGGGCUAGUGAACGGAUUAAGCCACAGCCACAGUCCGGCGGGCUGCGGGGGCACCAUCCCCAUGAAGGACCACGACGCAAUCAAACUGUUCAUCGGACAGAUACCGCGCAACCUGGACGAGAAGGACCUCCGGCCGCUCUUCGAAGAGUUCGGCAAGAUCUACGAGCUCACCGUGCUCAAGGACCGCUUUACGGGCAUGCACAAAGGCUGUGCCUUCCUUACCUACUGUGCCAGAGAGUCGGCCCUGAAAGCCCAGAAUGCUCUCCACGAGCAGAAGACACUGCCAGGGAUGAACAGGCCGAUCCAGGUGAAGCCUGCGGACAGCGAGAGUCGAGGAGAAGACAGAAAACUGUUUGUGGGCAUGCUAAACAAACAGCAGUCUGAAGACGAUGUGCGGCGUCUCUUCGAGUCGUUCGGGAGCAUCGAGGAGUGCACCAUCCUCAGAGGGCCUGACGGGAACAGUAAAGGUUGUGCUUUUGUAAAGUACUCGUCCCACGCUGAAGCUCAGGCAGCCAUCAGUUCACUCCAUGGCAGCCAGACAAUGCCUGGUGCAUCCUCAAGUCUAGUGGUGAAGUUUGCCGACACCGAUAAGGAGCGCACCAUCCGGCGCAUGCAGCAGAUGGCUGGUCAGAUGGGCAUCUUCAACCCCAUAGCGCUGCAGUUUGGGGCCUACGGGGCAUACGCACAGGUGCAGCAGCAGCAGGCAGCGUUGAUGGCAUCAGUAGGUCAGGGGGGUUACCUAAGCCCCAUGGCAGCAUUUGCAGCCGCACAGAUGCAGCACAUGGCCACCAUUAACGGCCUCCCAGGGGGACCCAUGACCCCCACUUCAGGUGGCAGUACCCCUCCUGGCAUUGGCGCGCCCACAGUGACAAGUAUCCCUUCACCCAUCAGUGUGAACGGUUUUACGGGGAUGCCCCCCCCUCAGGCCAAUGGGCAGCCUGAAGCUGUGUACACAAACGGGAUACACCCUUACCCUGUGUUGCAGGAGGUGGUUUUUAGGGAGGACUCUGAGAAAAACAGCUUGGCUCAGCGGAGUUGUUUUGGGUUUCAGGGCGGAUGCUUCCUGUCUUCACUUUCUGAAGCUCAGAGUCCCACUGCAGCAGAUUCCUUACAGCAGGCUUACACAGGAGUCCAGCAGUAUGCAGCCUACCCUGCCGCCUAUGGCCAGAUCAGCCAGGCCUUUCCCCAGCCCCCUCCCAUCAUCCCACAGCAACAGAGAGAAGGGCCGGAAGGCUGUAACCUGUUCAUCUACCACCUCCCUCAGGAGUUUGGGGAUGUCGAGCUGAUGCAGAUGUUCCUGCCUUUCGGUAAUGUCAUCUCCUCCAAAGUGUUUGUGGAUCGGGCGACAAACCAAAGUAAAUGCUUUGGGUUUGUGAGUUUCGAUAACCCAGGCAGUGCCCAGGCUGCCAUACAGUCAAUGAACGGCUUUCAGAUCGGCAUGAAAAGACUCAAGGUGCAACUCAAGAGGCCGAAGGAUGCCAAUCGCCCCUACUAGCCACUCCCCCUUCCAGCCACCCCUGCCCUGGGGAUAAGGCAGCCUCUGCACACAGGGAAACACAGGUUUUUGUUGAGAUCGGACACAUGCUGAGUACAUGAAUGCCAUUGAACUGAAAGAUCACCUGGACACAGGAAUUCUUGGAGGCUGGUAUUAAAUUGGAUCAGAUACUGGGUGGAACAUGAACAAAUAGAUGGCGAAGUAACGGACAACUCUGAUGGAUGUACCUUUUGGAUCGCAGAGAGACCUCAUUAAAGCCUGGCUCACACCUAGACUUACUCUCUUUAUCGCCUCGUCUGUUUCUCCUUAACCCUGCCUGAAUGACAGAUACCUUACACAAGGUAUUUUGAAUGAAGAAAAAAA